CUAAUAAAUCACAAGAUAUGCUAUGCUGUAACUUUUGUUAAUAUAUAGUGUGGUAAAAGUACAAUAGGAGUAAUAAAGUAAAACAAGCCUAGAAUCAUUUACAAAUUUUAAAAGCCUAGCAAACCAUUACAUCUUGCAUUUGGCUGCGUUAUGUUACAGCGCUAUUAAGUUUUGGUAUCCGUGCACAAGUCAACUUAUAUGUAUGGAGUUGGUACGGCAGGAACUUGAUUCUUCAUCAUCAUCAAAAUGAGAACAGGUCAGCUGAACCAAAAGUAAACUCUUAUGGUCAAUGGAUGUUCUCUGACAUCUGCAAGCAAUUUCUCCAAAACUUCGUUUACAUCAAAUAAAGAGUCACAUAUAUGUGACAAUAAUGUGAUGAUUUGGUUUUCUGCUUCUGCUGAUGAGGGCGAUGAUUGAGUACUUAGCACUGGCAGGCCCUUGUUUCUGCUAACUCUUUAUGCCCAUGUUUUCUUCCAUGGCUGUCGUUCGGGUGAAAGUUGACAAUAAAAGCUCCUUAUCCUCGGGGGCUUAUCCCAAUCCAACAUGUCAAUUGGCCUUUCCAUUGCUCUUGGUUACUUUUCUGGUACUGACAUUCUUGCCUUGCUUUGCCCGAAGCGCCUGCAACCAAGUCGAUCAUGAUUCGCUCUUGUCCUUCUCUUCAUCUUUUGUGCAGCUCAAUUGGUCUUCUUCUCCUGGAGAUUGUUGCUCGUGGCUUGGUGUCAAUUGCGGCGGUGGUGAUCGUGUUACCCAUCUGUCGUUACCUUCUUUUGGCCUCUCCGGCAUCAUCUCUCCCUCUAUCAUGAACCUCACCUUCCUCACUUACAUCAAUCUCUCCCACAAUACCCUCUCUGGUUCUCUCCCAUCCGGGUUCUUUGACUCCCUUAAUCGUCUCCAAGUUCUUGACUUGAGCUAUAAUCGAAUCCAUGGCCAACUGCCCUCCUCUCAAAACAACAGCUUUAUCCAGACGGUGGACUUGUCGAGCAACCUCUUCCAUGGAAAGCUCCCGUCUUCGUUGUUUCAGCCAGCUAUGGUAUCUGGGUUUCUAACCAGUUUCAAUGCUAGCAACAACAGCUUUACUGGUGCUAUCCCCAUCUAUGUCUUUUGCAGCAACAGUAGUAACAGUGCUUCUUCCCUCACGUUGUUGGACUUUUCCUUCAAUGAAUUCAGUGGUCAGAUUCCUCCUGGACUGGGUGGCUGUUCAAAGCUUCAGAUAUUCCGAGCAGGUUUCAAUAAUCUAUCCGGACCAAUCCCAGAUGACAUCUAUGACAUUGCGACACUGGAAGAUCUAUAUCUGCCUCUAAAUCACCUUUCUGGACCCAUCAGCAAUGCCAUCGUCCGGCUGACCAACCUCAGGACCCUGGACCUCUACUCCAACCACCUCAAUGGCCGCAUCCCAAUUGAGAUCGGGAAGCUUUCCAAUUUGGUACAGUUGCAACUCCACAUCAACAUGCUCACAGGUCCUCUGCCCACAUCUCUCAUGGAGUGCACCAAUCUGUCCACCAUGAAUUUACGUGUCAACUCUUUGAAUGGAGAUCUCUCAUACUUAAAUUUCUCUACUCUCCAAAGACUUACCACCCUGGACCUUGGCGAAAACUUAUUCACAGGUGAGUUACCUCGCAGCCUCUUCUCUUGCAAGUCACUGACAGCUGUUAGACUGGCUGGUAAUAAGCUCCAAGGACAGAUCACACCUGAUAUACUAGCGCUGCAAUCCUUGUCUUUCCUCUCCAUCUCUAGCAACGACUUCACAAAUUUCACAGGGGCAAUCAGAAUUCUCGUGGGUUUGAAGAAUCUCACAACUCUGGUCCUUGCCAAGAGCUUUCGAAGUGAGGCAAUUACAGAUGAUGAUGGCUUGUUAGACCCAGAUGGAUUCCAAAAUCUACAAGUUCUUGCUCUUGGUGGUUGCCAAUUCACUGGUCAGGUGCCUAGCUGGCUAGCGAAACUUAAGCAACUUAAAGUCUUGGACCUGUCCGUAAACCUUUUUACCGGUUCCAUUCCUGGGUGGUUUGCUAAUCUGACCGAUCUAUUCUACAUAGAUUUGUCAAGUAAUAGACUUUCUGGAGAGUUUCCUACGGAACUAUGCGAACUGCCAGCUUUGACAUCAGGAAAGGCGAGUGAUCACUUGGACCGGAGUUAUCUAGAGUUGCCUGUAUUUGUUAUGCCCAAUAAUGCUACCAAUCAGCAGUACAAUCAACUCUCCAACCUCCCGCCAGCCAUAUACCUACAUAACAACAGCCUCAGUGGCAAUAUUCCCGUAGAGAUAGGCCAGUUGAAGUCUCUUCAUGUUUUGGAUCUUAGUCUUAACAACUUCUCCGGCAACAUACCGGAUCAAAUAUCUAACCUUACAAACUUAGAGAAAUUGGACCUUUCAAACAACCAUCUAACUGGUGAAAUCCCUGUUUCACUCAAAGGUCUGAGUUUCUUGUCUUCCUUCAGCGUGGCAAACAAUGAUCUUCAGGGAGCCAUACCGGUUGGAGGCCAGUUUGAUACUUUUCCCAACUCCAGCUUUGAUGGAAAUCCCGGGUUGUGUGGCCCUGCAGCUGUGCGGCAUUCUUGUCCUCAACCACAAUCUGUAACACGUAGAAGGUCUAACAAAAAACACUUUAGUGGACUCAUUUUCGGGAUCUGUUUUGCCACUGCUAUUAUUGGUGUCAUGCUGGCAAUGUGGAUACUGUCCAAGAGGAGGAAAAUUCCAAAAGCAGAUAUUGACAAGAUCAACUCAGACUUUAUUUCUAUCAACUCUAACAUAGCAGUCACUCCUGAGGUUGAAAAAGAUACCAGCCUAGUUAUAUUAUUUCCCAGUAGUACCAACAAUAUCAGGGAUCUUACUAUAUCUAAAAUCUUGAAAGCCACUGACAACUUUAAUCAAACAAACAUCAUUGGCUGUGGUGGUUUUGGUUUGGUCUACAAGGCAACACUAGCAAACGGUACCAAGCUGGCUGUCAAAAAACUCUUAGGUGAAAUGAAUCUAAUGGAAAGGGAAUUCAAAGCAGAAGUAGAAGCUCUGUCCACAGCCCAACAUGAAAACCUGGUUUCUCUUCAAGGUUAUUGUGUGCAUAAAGGGUUUCGACUAUUAAUAUAUUCCUAUAUGGAGAAUGGAAGCCUGGAUUACUGGUUGCAUGAGAAGGCUGAUGGGGCUUCCCAACUAGAUUGCCCAACUCGACAAAAGAUUGCAAAGGGAGCAAGUUGUGGGCUGGCUUAUAUGCAUCAAAUAUGCGGACCACACAGUGUGCAUAAUGAUAUCAAGUCCAGCAGCAUACUGCUUGAUGAAAACUUUGAAGCACAUGUUGCAGAUUUUGGACUGUCCCGUUUGAUUCUUCCUUAUCAUACACAAGCUACAACAGAACUUGUACGUACACCCGGUAACAUUCCUCCAGUAUAUGAAGAAGCAUGGUUGGCCACUUUGAGGGGAGACAUAUACAGAUUUGGCAUUGUUAUGCUUGAGCUGCUUACUGGGAAGAGGCCUGUAGAAGUGUUCAAGCCAAGGAUGUCAAGAGAGUUAGUUGGCUGGGUGCAGCAAAUGAGGAGCGAAGGUAAAGAAGAGCAAGUGCUCGACCCUUUGCUUAGAGCGAAGGGCUUUGCAGAAGAGAUGCUGCAGGUGCUGGACCUGGCCUGCAUGUGUGUCAACCAAGACCCUUUCAAGAGACCAACAGCUAAAGAAGUCGUAGACUGGCUGAAAAAUGUAUGCACCUCCCAAUUGUAUGGAGAAAUAUGAAUUGAAUGUGGUCAUCAAUUCAAGAAGAAAUAUGGUAUCUGAUUCUCAACCCACACUUUGUAAUUUCGUAAAGUUGAUCAUUUUACUAACUAAAAUUAUGCAGUAUUAUGAGAUGCCAUUGUAAAAAAAUGUUUAAUUAUGAUAAAGAUAAUAAUUAUGAGCAGAAAAGAAGGUUGAAGUUGACGAAAGUAGUAUCUGUAUUAGUUUCAUCGAGUAGCAGGGGCAUAACAACAAACAGUUAACGUGCAAAGGAAACAGCAAUCAUUAGAACUAAAAAACCAUUGGAGAUGUUCAAUUUGGUUCUGGGUUAUUGCUAAUCAGCUUCCUCCGUCAUUAUCAUUACCAGAGAAGCAUUAAAAAGUGAAAGUCCAGUCAAAAAGAAGAAGAUCCGGAAAACAGUUAAAAAGCAUAAAAUAAAGAGGAGGGGGGGGGGGGGGGGGGGAAACA